UACUCUCUUGCCCAAAUGAUUGCCGCUUCACCAUUGCAACAUCUGAAACCAGACGGCUUGCGAGAGGUGCCUAAAUACCUUCUAAUUCCUGUAAUUUACAGAGAGAAGUAAAUCUAAUCCGCUUGAAUGACGGCAGAGCUUGGAAACCUCAGAGGAUAUGAUCCUUUUGCCGAUACUGAUGAUAAUGUCGGCACGGGAGCUGGCAUUCAGGAGGGUCUAGUCCACAUAAGAAUUCAACAGCGUAACGGACGAAAGACUCUCACAACAGUCCAAGGAAUCCACCCCAAGUUUGAUCUCAAGAAGAUUGUGAAGGCCUGCAAGAAGGAAUUCAACUGCAACGGAACUGUGGUAGAGCAUCCAGAGUACGGAGAGGUCAUACAGCUGCAGGGAGAUAAACGUGAUGCAACCAAAAAUUUCUUAGUAGAAGUUGGAAUUGCUACUGCAGAUCAAGUCAAGGUCCAUGGGUUUUAGUCUGCUCCUCCAAUCAACCAACAGUCGUUACCUGCAUCAUCCUGAAUUAUCUGUUAAUGACGUGUUUGUGUCACGAGGCAUGGACUUGUAUAUUUCAUUUUACUUCUCUAAUCUGUGUUUUGCACUUUGUAGAUGAAGGGUCAAAAUGAUAUUUUAGAGUGCAAGAUAAAGAAAGAUGCUGUCAGGAUUUAAGUUUAUAUUUACUUUCGGAACCAGCAGGAAAUUUAAAAUUUAGGGACUCUCAUGUUGGUGUGUAUGUCGCCUCAGUUUGUACAGUUUUAAAAAAUAAAAAGAGAAAGAUGUUUCAAAAUGUU